AUGAUGGGCGGUCUAGCUGCACCAACCUGCCAUAACAGUGAACGCCAAUGGACAAUUUCGGACUUUGAAAUUGGAAAGCCUCUUGGCAAGGGGAAAUUUGGACACGUGUAUUUGGCCAAAGAAAAAUCAUCUGGCUACAUUGUUGCUCUGAAAAUGCUCUUUAAGAAUGAGCUGAUCUCUGCCAACGUGGAGAAGCAACUUAGGAGGGAAAUAGAAAUACAAUCUCAUCUCAGGUAUCUUGCCGAUUUUAUUUUUGCAGGCAUCCCAAUAUUCUCCGGCUAUAUGGAUACUUCUAUGAUGAAAAGCGGAUCUACCUCAUCUUGGAAUAUGCAGCCCAAGGCGAACUUUACAAAAUCUUAUGUUCCAAAGGAAAAUUUACCGAGCCAGAAGCAGCAAAGAGACAUAAAGCCGGAAAACUUGCUUCUCGGUCUCCAGGGCGAGGUCAAGAUUGCCGACUUUGGAUGGUCUGUCCACGCCCCAAACUCAAGGUUCCAAGUGGUUUUUCAUUUCUUUAGACGAACCACUCUUUGUGGGACACUUGAUUAUCUCCCCCCAGAAAUGGUCUCAGGCAGGGAACAUUCGACCUCCGUGGAUCUUUGGGCUCUAGGUGUAUUGCUUUUUGAGUUUCUCGUGGGAAAGCCGCCAUUUGAAACGGAAGGCCCCAACAGAGCAACUUAUGCCCGGAUAGCCAAAGUGCAGUACGAAAUGCCGUCCUCAGUUUCAAAAGAUGCACAAGACCUUAUUAGAAGCCUACUUCAGGCUAAUCCAGAAGAUAGGCUCCCAUUGGAUGGUGUUCUUACACAUCCGUGGAUCAAAAGUAGUAAUUAA